GGCACAAGCGCUGGAACACCUUGAUAAGCUUACUAGAGAGCUGCAUGAGUUUGUUAAGUCUAAAGUCAACAUCCACAAAGAGAUCAAGACGAAGACAACCGGUGUAGUCAACGCCCUUCAAAGGUUCAGAACACUUGAUGACGGAUGGCAGACACCGUCGAAGAGAUGGACACCGGUGCCGAAGGCGAUGGUGAAUCUGUAACAGAAGACAGAAGCGACACUGGUGUCAGGUCUGGGAAGAGGAAAGACCGUAACUCUCCUGACCCAACGGUCAACCAAGUAAUGAAGAAAAAGGACACAAAACCAAGUCCUCCGAAAGAAGUGGCGGCACGGAGUGCCAAAAAUAAGGAGGUCGACGCGUGGCAAAAAGUAGAAUCGAAGAAGAGAAGGCCGGAGCAGGAUCACCUCCCAAAGCAAUUGCCGAAGGAGCCACGACCGGAACCUAAGCGGAAAAAUCGCGCAAAUGGAUCAGACCUGACGCGCUGAUAAUCCGCCCUGCCGAAAAAGAGAAGUAUUCCGAGAUAUUGCGCCGCAUAAAGCGUGAUGUCCCAGCAGACCAGGUUCGAAAUACCGUCGAGAAGAUCCGCAGGACAAUGACCGGAGAUAUGCUGAUCACGUUGUCAAGGAAAAGUGCUGACAAAGGCCAAGCCUU